AUGCCAACUGUACGUUUUGCAAUCGACUCUGGAGCGUCGAACCAAGAUUCGGGUUCUGGAUCAGAUCUGGGGGAGAGAUUUGAGCAGCCAGAUCACCAUGCCUCGCUGACGCCACUUGGACUGCUUGACUUUGGGGGCAAAGGGUUGAACGAGCCCAAGUUGCUGGACCUCUCUGAUGAAAUCCGGUCUCAUCUUCUUGAAGACGCUUCGCUUGGCCCCAGAGCCGAAAUGGUCAAGAGAGUCCUCCGCGAAUUGGUGAGGGACGAAGGUGCCGCCAUACCAGUCGUGAGCCUUGCGACAAUUCAGAAUGCACGACUAGACAAGUUGCUUUCUGACAUUUUGACACUGGGACAUCAGCAAGCGUCGGCUUCCCUCCGACCUCGCCUCAACAUAGCGAUGGCCGAAAGACUGCAGAGAUCAUGGGUGGCCAGAUUUCGCGAAGACUUCUUCAACAUUGAUCAGACUCGUCAGGAAGACUUGUCAAAGUCUAGUAGGCUAAAAGACGUGGAGCUCUGGAAGGCCGCGAAGUGUAAGACAGUAUCGGGGCUUGAGUGGAAUCUGCAGUUCAAGCCAGGAUAUCAUAAGCAAAAUCCGCAGACUCGACUGCAUCGCAUCGUUGUCACAUUAGAGAGAAUCUCAGAACAGCCCAGCAUGACGGAGCUCGCCAAAAUCCCCCUUCCCUCACAGAUGGAUGACUGGUUGCUCUUUAAGAGGUAUGAAGGCGAGAUGAUCCGGCAGCACCGCGGUGAGCAAAGCUUCUUGGACUGGAAGUUGAUGAAGGCGCAGGAAAGGAUGGACCGGCGGCAAUGGAGACGUGCUCUCGAAGUUGGAGCUGCCUUGACCACAGCCCGGAACGCGAGAUACAGCUACGGAAUGCGCGACUUGGGGCUUAAGCAAGAUGAUACCUAG